CGUUCAUGGUGGAUUAAAGUGAGGGGAAGCCCAUCAUUAUUAAUAUUGAUUGUAUGGUACAGAUCAAAAGAGUGCCAGCCAGCUCGUGUGAUGCUCUAGUCGGGAACAGGUAUCGGUAUCAUAUAUAGUGAUGGUAUGGUAUCGUUAACACCGCAUCAAAUUAAAAAAUUUUAUCAUUCAUAGUCAAUUAAGAUUUUAUGAUUCCUUGUUCAUUAUCUGUGAUUUAAAAACACUCUGAAUCAUUUUGAUACGAAGAUGUAAAUAUUGGAUACUUUGAAGAAAUGGGAGAAUAGUUCAACAAUAUUCUGGAACAAACAAAGAACGCUGUGGUAAAAAGAUGUGAUAAAGUGGUCUCUGUGACGGCGAACAAGUUGCCACGGUAAUUGCAGGUAAUAAGACGAUGUUUCUUUAUUUACUGAUAGAAGUAACAAUUAAGGGAGCAGUGAAAUGAAACGAAAACGCGAGAAAAGCUCAUUACCAGAAGGAACACAAAUGAUCAAAUUAUGGAAAUUUAACAAAAAUUAACAAAACUCAACACAGAUGGUUUGAAAAACAAACUUUUCCAAACUGACCAUGAGCGAGUUAACCAGUGAGAUUCCAGUGAGGGGUUUGAACAGCGAGAGGUUCUAUCCGUACCACAUUACGGCCAUCACAUGUAUCGGCGCCAGUUUGGUCGGCGUGGUCGUAAUUUUGUAUGUCUCGUUCAAAUCUCGUCUGUAUAAGUCGUUCUUCCAGUGGACGAUCAGCGAUCGGUUCGUGGUGUACAUCGCAGCCUGUGAUGGCCUCUUUAAUUUGUCGCACGUGCUCGAUCACGUACAGAUGGUCGUUACAAGGUCGCAUGUCCACCCACGAAAUCUUUGCGUAGUUUACGCCUUCCUGGUUGUCGUUUUUACCACUGCAAAAGGACUACUGGUUUCGGCAAUUUCGCUGAACUCAUUCUGUGCUGUUCAUUUUGGAAAGUCGGUAAAUUUCGGAUCUUACGACUGGAAACUACAUCUUUUCAUUUUGGGGAUUCCGUCGAUGGAAGCCUCACUAGCUGUUCUUUUAAAUAAGCUUGGGCCCACUGGUUUAUUUUGCGGCAUACAAGAACGUGUUGCUCUCAUGGUUAUGACGAUGGUUCCGGCUACCCUGAUCCUUGUAGUCACGUGUUCUCUCUAUGUAAUUAUCUGGUGUCGUAUAAGGCGAGAAAUUCGACGGCUGCAGUCGGCCAAACAAGCUCUGAAACACAACGCCACCAAAAUCAUGACGUUGUUCGUCACAGCGUACGUUGUUCAGUGGUCCUCGGUUUCAGCAAGUGGAAUUUUCUCGUUUCAUGGUGAAGUGUUUGAGGUUAUGGAUUAUUUCGUGAUAACAACCACUAACCUUGGCGGGGUUUUUAACGGAAUAGCAUUUCUUGCUAUCCAAGUAAUGCGUGUGCGACAGAAGAACAUGGUCAUUCAGCCAAAGUUAGUUCCUCGAAACAUUGAAACGGGCGGGACAAAAUUUUGAACCAAUGAGUUAUAGCAAGAAAAAAAAACAGCAAAUAGCACAUUGGAGAAGACGUACAUUUUUCGCAUCAGCCUUACUUAGGAUGAAUUGUCGCAAUGGUUGAAUGUUCAUGUAGUUCCGCAAGAAUUUGAUGUAAGGGUGAUUAGAACUACGGCCAAAAUCAUUAACAACCCAUUGUCUUUGCACCACACGGAGGGGUUUCCAUCCCCGCCACUAAACGGUGAAUUUG